UUCCUUCACGGUGUACUCAAGGUGCCGCAUCGGUACAUUUGUUAUUCUGUGUUUUUGGCAGUGAAUAUCAUAACAAAACCUUUUAAUUUAUCGCAGAAACAGUGGAAGAGUGUAUCGUGUUGCUUUCUACCGUAAAUUAACGCACUGGGAAUGGCUUCUGAUGAGGAAAACGAUGACACCUAUGCGGACGAUGAUGGUGCCCAGGAGGAACAGGCUCAAAAUGCUGGCGAUUUGUCUGGCGACUCCGAUGAAACACCACUAAAGGCGCAAUACGACGAAGACGAUGACUACGAUCCAGAGGAUUCGCGCAAGAAGAAAAAGGGCAAGAAACGAAAGACCAAAAACGAGAAGGAGAAAGCUCGUAAAAAGAAAAAGCGAAAGAAGAAUGAAAGCGAGGACGAAAGUGAUUUCCUGCACGACGAAGAGGCAGCGCAUUCAGAUUAUGCAACGACUCGUAAAGGCCGAAAGAAGAAAGAGGUCGAGAAGAAGGAAUCAAAUGAUUCGAAUAUGCCCACAGUUGACGAGGUAUGCAGCACUUUCGAUCUGAACGACGUAGCCAUCGAAUUCACCGACAGCGACUAUGAGAAUAUAACAUCAUAUAAAUUGUUCCAACAACAUGUGAGACCAAUUUUACAGAAGGAGAACCCCAAGGUUCCAAUGUCCAAAUUGAUGAUGCUUGUAGCAGCUAAGUGGCGGGAAUUUUUCGAGAUCAGCCCCAACUUGCAAAACGAGCAAAGCAAAGAUGAAGAUGUUGAGUACCAACCAGAAUACCAGCCGAAGAGCUCCAGGACUCGCACUUCCGCACGCGAAAAGGUUGAAGAAAUCUACGACGACGAUGAAGAGGAAGAAGAAGAGGAGGAAACUCGUUCCAAGAGACGACGUGGGCGAACAGCGAGCAAGAAAACACGAAAAUCAGCUGGAAAAGUUCCCCCGUUGAAAAUCAAAUUCGGCAAGCGCAAGCACGGCAGUUCGGAUGAGGAUCAAGACGCAACAGGUGGUUCCGAACGAGACUCAGACGCUGAGUUUGAGAAAAUGCUGCAGAAAUCUGAGGAAAGUAAGGAAAAUGAAAAAGGAGAUGAUACCGUCGAAGACACACAACCGAUCGUUAAGAAAAAGGCCAAGACAAAAAUCGGAAUGAAAUUCAAGAGGAAGAAGAAGGUCAAGACAACAAGUCGCUUCCCAGAAGGGGAGGACGGCGAGCAUGAACAUCAAGAUUAUUGUGAAGUAUGUCAACAAGGUGGAGAGAUCAUUCUGUGCGAUACUUGUCCACGGGCGUACCAUCUAGUUUGCUUGGAACCUGAAUUGGAAGAGGCCCCAGAAGGCAAAUGGUCUUGUCCUCAUUGCGAGGCUGAUGGCCCGGCAGACCAAGAGGAUGAUGAACAUCAAGAAUUCUGCAGAGUGUGCAAAGAUGGCGGAGAGCUCCUUUGUUGCGACUCCUGUCCAUCUGCAUAUCAUACAUUCUGCUUGAAUCCGCCGCUUGAUACUAUACCCGACGGUGAUUGGAAAUGUCCACGAUGCAGUUGUCCUGAACUCCCGGGCAAAGUUGACAAGAUUCUCACCUGGCGAUGGGCAGACGUAAAAACCAACGAACCUUCAACUUCGAAGAAACCAGCCCCACGAACUCGUGAAUAUUUUGUCAAAUGGCACGGACAAUCGUACUGGCGUUGCGAUUGGGUCAGCGAACUUCAACUGGAGGUCUAUCAUCCGCUGAUGAUACGUGUAUUCACGCGCAAAUAUGACAUGGAAGAGCCACCGAAGUUCGAGGAGACCCUGGACGAGACGGACAAUCGAUACAAGCGUAUCCAACGGCACAAACAAGGUCAUGCGAGCACAGAAAAGACAGCGGAAGAGGAGUUGGAGGAGAAAUAUUAUCGGAAUGGCAUUAAGCCGGAGUGGUUGAUUGUUCAUCGCGUGAUUAAUCACCGCACUGCGAAGGAUGGUACCACUUUCUAUCUUGUUAAGUGGAGGGAACUCUCGUACGAUAAAGCCACUUGGGAGGAAGAGAAUGAUGAUAUUCCAGGGUUGAAGCAGGCGAUUGAAUACUAUUUGGAACUCCGCGCCAAUUGUCUCUCGGAUGGCACUGUCAAGAAGAAGAAAAAGGGCAGAAGACCGAAAAAGGAUCUCGAAGGCGAAGGACGACAUUACACUCCGCCACCAGAUAAGCCCACUACAGAUCUCAAGAAGAAAUAUGAAGACCAACCCUCGUAUAUAUCCGACACUGGCAUGCAGUUGCAUCCCUACCAAUUGGAAGGUAUCAACUGGUUGAGAUAUUCGUGGGGCAAUGGCACUGAUACAAUCUUGGCUGAUGAAAUGGGUCUGGGUAAAACAAUUCAGACCGUUACGUUCCUGUACUCGCUCUACAAGGAGGGGCAUUGCAAGGGACCAUUCCUCGUGGCUGUUCCGCUUUCUACGAUUAUCAAUUGGGAAAGAGAAUUCGAGGUUUGGGCCCCAGAUUUCUAUUGCAUAACAUACGUUGGUGAUAAGGAUUGUCGUGCAGUUAUCCGCGAGAAUGAGUUGUCUUUUGAAGAAGGUGCAGUGCGUUAUGGUGGAAAAGCAUCGAGGAUUCGAGCUAGUUCCAUUAAAUUCAACGUUCUCUUGACAAGUUACGAGUUGAUAUCGAUCGAUAACGCAUGUUUGGGGUCCAUUGAUUGGGCCGUGCUAGUUGUGGACGAAGCGCAUCGUCUGAAGAGCAAUCAAAGCAAAUUCUUCAGGAUUCUUUCCGGCUACAAUAUCAGCUAUAAGUUGUUGCUCACAGGAACGCCGUUGCAGAAUAACUUGGAAGAAUUGUUCCACUUGCUUAACUUCUUGAGCAAGGAUAAGUUCAACGAUUUGACCGCCUUCCAGAGUGAAUUCGCGGACGUAUCAAAGGAAGAACAAGUGAAGAGGUUGCAUGAGAUGUUAGGCCCUCAUAUGUUGCGUCGAUUGAAGGCUGAUGUGUUGAAGAAUAUGCCGUCGAAAUCGGAGUUCAUCGUUCGAGUUGAACUUUCCCCGCUGCAGAAGAAAUAUUACAAAUAUAUUUUGACCAGGAAUUACGCGGCUUUGAAUCCCAAGGGCGGUGGCAAUUGUUGUUCACUCUUGAACGUGAUGAUGGAUCUGAAGAAAUGUUGCAACCAUCCGUACUUGUUCCCUGCGGCAGCAGAAGAGGCUCAACUAGCUCCCGGCGGAGGGUACGAAAUCACGUCUCUGACUAAAGCUGCUGGCAAGUUAGUUCUUCUAUCGAAAAUGAUGAAGCAGUUGAAGGAGCAAGGCCAUCGCGUUUUGAUUUUCUCCCAAAUGACAAAGAUGUUGGACAUUUUGGAAGAUUUUCUGGAAGGGGAAGGCUAUAAGUAUGAACGUAUUGACGGUGGCAUCACAGGAAAUCUCCGUCAAGAAGCUAUUGAUCGAUUCAAUGCGCCUGGAGCUCAACAGUUCGCUUUCUUGCUCAGUACUCGUGCUGGUGGUUUGGGUAUUAACUUGGCCACCGCCGAUACUGUCAUCAUUUACGACUCUGAUUGGAAUCCCCACAACGAUAUUCAGGCGUUUUCACGAGCUCAUCGUAUCGGUCAAGCGAACAAGGUGAUGAUUUACCGCUUCGUGACGAGAAAUUCCGUUGAGGAAAGAGUCACACAAGUUGCGAAGCGAAAGAUGAUGUUGACUCACUUGGUUGUCCGUCCUGGAAUGGGAGGCAAAGGGACCAGUUUCACCAAGCAAGAACUUGAUGAUAUCUUGCGUUUCGGUACCGAGGAAUUGUUCAAAGAAGACGAAGGAAAAGAAGAAGAGGCUAUCCAUUACGAUGACAAAGCGGUUGCUGAACUCUUGGACAGAACCAACAAAGGUAUCGAGGAAAAGGAAAGCUGGACGAACGAAUACUUGUCAUCGUUCAAAGUCGCUUCUUAUGCCACUAAGGAAGAGAAUGAAGAUGAUGACACAGAAAUCAUCAAACAGGAAGCAGAGAACUCAGAUCCGGCAUAUUGGGUGAAACUACUUCGGCAUCACUACGAGCAACAUCAAGAAGAUGUCGGAAGGACCUUGGGCAAAGGCAAGCGUGUCCGAAAGCAGGUUAACUACAACGAUGGAGGUGUGGUGGCACCAGAGCCCCGAGAUGAUUCGAAUUGGCAGGACAACCUGUCCGAUAACAAUUCUGGUUACUCUGGAGGAUCAGACGAGGGAGAGGAUGAUGACUUCGAUGAACGCACUGAGAAUGGUGAUAUGAACAGGCGCAAGCGACGUUUCGAGAGACGUGAAGAUCGUGAUAGACCUCUGCCACCUCUUCUGGCCCGUGUCGGCGGCAACAUCGAAGUGCUUGGCUUCAAUGCUCGGCAGAGGAAGAGUUUCUUGAAUGCAAUCAUGCGCUACGGAAUGCCACCACAAGAUGCGUUUAAUUCACAAUGGUUGGUGCGUGAUUUGCGUGGAAAAUCUGAGCGAAAUUUCAAGGCCUAUGUUUCGUUGUUUAUGAGGCACCUAUGCGAGCCCGGCGCUGAUAAUUCUGAAACUUUUGCUGAUGGUGUUCCGCGCGAAGGUUUGAGCCGUCAACACGUUUUGACUCGCAUCGGGGUCAUGUCCCUUAUACGCAAGAAGGUCCAGGAGUUUGAACACAUAAACGGAUAUUACAGUAUGCCGGAGUUAAUCCGAAAACCAUGUGAACCCAUUAAACCGCAAACUAUCAAUCUUGAUGAGGAUAAAAGUGCUACAACAAGCACCAGCGCAACCCCUGCAACAAGCGCAGCUGCAAGUCCGGUUCCACCCUCUGAGAAAGAUGACGAAAAAUCGACCGAUGCAGACAAACCUUCUGUUAAAGAGGAAAAGCCUGAUGUCAAGCCAGUAGUCGAUGAAAAUGCCACUAAACCAGCGGAUAGCCAAGAAAAGUCCGAACCAGAAAGUUCUACGGCGGAGGUUAAAAUUGAGGACAAGAAACCGGACGUGGCCGCUACCGAGGAAGUUAAGUCAGAGGACGUGGAAAUGAAGCCAGUACCAGAAGUUAAGCCUAAGGAGGAGGAGGCAGUCAAGCCGGAAGAAGACGAUGACGUCGUUAUUGUCAAAGAUGACGAUGAAAUUGAAAAGCCAAGGGAACGAGGCAAAGCCGAGGAGACUCUCGAAGUGCACAAGCGAAAUUUCAUGUUCAAUAUUGCCGACGGAGGCUUCACAGAGUUACACACUUUGUGGUUAAACGAGGAAAAGGCAGCUGUGCCCGGACGUGAGUACGAAAUCUGGCAUCGCCGUCACGAUUACUGGCUCCUUGCUGGCAUCGUAACACAUGGCUACGGUCGCUGGCAAGACAUCCAGAACGACAUCCGGUUCGCAAUCAUAAAUGAACCAUUCAAAAUGGAUGUGGGCAAGGGAAAUUUCCUUGAAAUCAAAAACAAAUUUUUAGCUAGACGAUUUAAGUUAUUAGAACAAGCACUCGUGAUCGAAGAGCAACUGCGACGCGCAGCCUAUUUGAAUCUCACACAGGAUCCAAAUCAUCCAGCAAUGUCGUUGAACGCUCGCUUCGCGGAAGUCGAAUGUUUGGCGGAAUCGCAUCAGCACCUGAGCAAGGAGUCGCUGGCGGGUAACAAGCCAGCCAAUGCUGUUCUGCACAAGGUCUUGAAUCAGCUGGAGGAGCUUUUGUCGGAUAUGAAGAGCGACGUAUCCAGGCUUCCGGCAACGCUAGCUCGCAUUCCACCCGUUGCACAACGACUACAAAUGUCGGAACGUUCAAUUCUGUCGCGACUUGCAGCGACAGCUGGUAACCUACCAAACUCAGCUCAAUUGAUGAACCAGUUCCCCGCUGGGUUCCAAGGGACCGCGUUGCCGUCAUUCGCCGGGACACCAGCCGGCAACUUUGGCAACUUCAGACCCCAGUUCUCAGUACCCGGCCAACCAUCGACAAGUUUCGCUAGCACUAAUUAGAUUCUAUUGGUAAUCGUAAUGCGAGCAUUUUAAGUUCACAUAGUUCGUAAUGAGUAUUGAGUUUUUUAUGAAUAAUGGAUAGGUCUAGGUCUACGCUGUACGUUCUCCUUUCAUGAAACAUAAAAUAUAUACACACAUUUUAUUUCUAAUGGCGCUCUUGUUUACUGUACUUUUACUUGUAUUGUGAAAUGCAUUCCAAAUAAAUUAUGAUUCAUAAUAA